AUGGGGCAAGCUGCAACUUUGCCCUGCAGAAGAGGGGGCACCUACGUUAUGGAGCUUUACCAAUGGUUUCGGAAGUUCAUAAAGGAGUGUCCGAGCGGGCUCAUCACGCUCCACGAGUUCCGACGGCACUUCUGCGAGGGCACGGUGGGCACGGAGUCAGCCGAGUAUGCUGAGCAGAUAUUCCGCACCCUGGACAACAACGAGGACGGCGUGGUGGACUUCCGGGAGUAUGUGACCGCCAUCAGUAUGCUGGUGGAGGGCUCCCCGAUGGAGAAGCUACGCUGGUCCUUCAAGCUGUACGACAAGGACAAGGAUGGCGCCAUUACACGGAGCGAAAUGCUGGAGAUCAUGCAGGCAGUGUACAAGAUGAGUGUGGCAGCCUCCAUAACCCAGCCCAACCCGUUGACCGCGGAGGAAUGCACAAACAGGAUAUUUGUCCGCCUGGACAAGGACAAAAACGCCGUCAUCACCUUGGACGAGUUCAUCGAGGGCGCUCUGGAUGAUGAAUGGAUCAGAGAGAUGCUGGAGUGUGAUCUCCACACUGUGAAAGUGGAGAGGCCCCUGAAGAACCCGGGGCCCCUCUAG